GCGGGUCCGCGGGUGGCCUGGUCUGGCUGGCUUCGGUCCUCUAGUUGUUGGUCAAUGGCGUUGGUGGCGGGAAAGUUGAGUGCCUCGCGCGCUGAGCCUUCGGGGCGAUGUGUAGUGACUUCCAUCGGUCUGAGUCCGGGACCGAGGAGAGUUCCCAGUGUGGAGUUUCCAGUUGUCCUCUCCCAGUGGAAUUGUGGGCAGUGCUAAAUUUCCCAGCAGCAGUGUAUGAUAACAGAGAAAAUGGGCAACCAAGGAAAACUCACCCAAAUUCUGGUGUCCACAAUCUUUAGUGGGCCUUUGCCAUGCAGACAUAGCCAACUGCCCAUACAGCUGACCACAGCCUCCAGCCCCUCAGAAGGUCAACCUGGUAACCACAUGAUCCAAAGCCCCCACCAAAAGUCAAACAUUCAAAGACUCUAGUGUGCCUCAGAGUCCCCAGUUGCUUGCCCGACUUGAAGGUAGAAGCUCCUUGAAAGAAAUAGAACCAUACCUGUUUGCUGAUGAAGAUUCACCUGUGCAUGACCUGGAAGGCAGCGGUGAUGGCUCAGAUAAUUGGAUCCCUGCCAUCAACGUCAAAGACCUGGAUUGAGUUUCUGGCUCCCAGUUUGGCCUGGCUUAGUCCUGGCCGUGUGGGCAUUUGGGGGACUGAACCAGAAGGUGACAUUCUUGAAUUUCAUGGUCCAGAAGGAACAGGAAAAACAGAAAUGCUUUACCAUUUAACAGCACGAUGUAUACUUCCAAAAUCAGAAGGUGGACUGGAAAUAGAAGUCCUAUUUAUUGACACAGAUUACCACUUUGAUAUGCUUCGGCUUGUUACAAUCCUUGAGCAUAGACUUUCCCAGAGCUCCGAAGACAUCAUAAAAUACUGCCUUGGAAGAUUUUAUUUGGUGUACUGCAGUAGUAGCACCCAGUUACUUCUCACACUGUACUCACUAGAAACUAUGUUUUGUAGCCACCCCUCUCUCUGCCUUUUGAUUUUGGAUAGCCUGUCCGUGUUUUACUGGAUUGACAGGGUCAAUGGAGGAGAAAGUGUUAACUUACAGGAGUCUACUCUGAAGAAAUGUUCUCAGUUCUUAAAGAAACUUGUAGAUCAGUAUCGCUUGGUUCUUUUUGCAACGACACAAAGUAUAAUGCAAAAAGCCUCAAACUCACCCGAGGAGCCUUCUACCUUUAAAUGUCCCUGUGAUGCAGAGGUGGACUACAGACCUUAUCUGUGUAAGGCGUGGCAACAGCUGGUAAAGCAUAGGCUAUUCUUCUCCAAACAAGAUGACUCCAAAGGCAGCAGCAAGUUUUCAUUAGUGUCACGGCAUUUAAAAAGUAACAACAUCAAAAAACUUUUUUUUAUUAUUGCAGAAAGUGGGGUACAGUUUUGUUGAUGUAUUUUGUAAGACAGUCUCAAGAUUCUAAGUGUUACAAAGUCUCAGGCUUUCAUUCUGAAGUUCCACCCUCUGAAGGAGUUAAUAUAACAGUAUUUCAACACAGAAUGUAUUUCUUAAACCACUGCAGUAAAACUUCAGGCUAUUCUAUUUCUGUAUUAUUGAAGAUUAAUCUGUAUGAUAAUAAAUUAAACUGUUGUUUCUAUUAUAAAAUAAAUAAUAUACAUAUUUCAACCUAAAUAAA